AAUCGAUUAGUUGAAUGUCGAUUUUUUGAUCCCCAGAACAGCAAAACAACCAAAAUACAGGAUUUAGGAUUUCCGCAGAAUUUCUCAUAGCGGCUCCUCUUCGGGGGAUUUGUUAUUUGCCUCCAGAUCAACUCUCCACAAUCUGCAAACAACGGCUCUAAUAUGUCCGAAAGUGGUUGUAAACAUUUUCAGUCAUAUGUUAAGGAACAUUCAUUGGAUACGUAUCGCAUUUUAGACGCUUACUUUGCAGCCUGCAUCAACAAAGAUGCUCGAGAGAAAAAGGCUUUGACAUGUUGCUGCUUUGAAUGUGGCAGUUAUGGAAUUCAACUAUUUGCUUGUCUGCAUUGCAUCUAUUUUGGUUGUCGAGGCUCCCACAUAAUAUCUCAUUUGCGUGCCAAAAAACAUUCCAUAUCAUUGGAAUUGUCCCAUGGUACAUUAUAUUGUAACUCCUGUCGAGAUUUCAUUUAUGAUAUACGUUCACGUGAAAUCGCUGCCGUCAAUCGCAAACUAGAGGCUAAAGAUUUACAAAAGAGUCUCACUUGGACACCAUGGAUACCUACACCUAAGGAAACUAAUUUAAUGUUAGCUAAUCCGCGUCGUCGUAAUGUCAAAGCAAAUGAAACAUUGGGACUUAGGGGUCUCAUUAAUUUGGGAUCCACAUGUUUCAUGAAUUGUAUUGUGCAGGCUUUAAUACAUACACCUCUCCUGAGUGAUUACUUCCUAUCUGAUCGCCAUGAAUGUAGUGCAAAAUCCUCAAUGAAAUGUCUUGUUUGUGAAGUUGCCCGUCUGUUUCAGGAAUUCUAUUCGGGAUCCCGUACACCAUUAUCACUUCAUCGACUGUUGCAUUUAAUAUGGAAUCAUGCCAAACACUUGGCUGGCUAUGAGCAACAAGAUGCUCAUGAAUUCUUUAUAGCCACUCUGGAUGUACUACACCGUCAUUGUAUUAAAGCCAAAGCCGAAACGGAAAGUGCCAAUAAAUCAAGUUCUUCGACAGCAACACACUCCAAUUGUCCCACACAAUGUAAUUGUAUUAUAGAUCAAAUUUUUACCGGUAUGCUGCAAAGUGAUGUCGUCUGUCAAUCUUGCAAGGGUGUCUCAACCACAAUAGAUCCUUUUUGGGAUAUCUCACUGGAUUUGGGAGAGGCUCAUGGUGGUGCCACGCCAAAAUCUCUAAUCGAUUGUCUAGAACGUUAUACACGGGCCGAACAUUUGGGUUCUUCGGCCAAAAUCAAAUGUUCCACUUGCAAAUCCUAUCAAGAAUCGACAAAACAAUUUAGCCUGCGUACAUUGCCAAGUGUAGCUAGUUUUCAUUUGAAGCGCUUCGAACAUUCUUCAUUAAUUGAUAAGAAAAUAUCAACGUUUAUAUCGUUUCCCGUGGAAUUCGAUAUGACACCGUUCAUGUCGGAGAAGAAUAACGCGUAUGGAGAUUUUCGUUAUUCGCUGUAUGCAGUGGUGAAUCAUGUUGGCACCAUAGAUGCUGGUCAUUAUACAGCGUAUGUACGACACCACAAGGAUACCUGGGUAAAAUGUGAUGAUCAUAUUAUAACAACAGCGACAUUAAAACAAGUUCUGGAUAGUGAAGGGUAUUUACUAUUUUACCAUAAAAACAUAUUGGAAUAUGAAUAAGAGACUGGAAUAUAUACUAGAAACACAAAUACAAACAGGCAUAAUACUAAACACAAUCUUUUAAAACUCAAGAAAAUCCUAAAAUACAAAUGAAAAAACAACAAAACAAACAAAUCAACAAAUUUAUCAAAUAAUUAUGCAAGAAAAAGUCACAUAAGAAAAAAAUUGUAUUAUUUUUAUUUUUAAUAAUAGUCGAUAUUGGUGGUAACUUACAUAGCAAAAGGAGAAACUGAACAGAAAAAUAUAAAUUUUUUUGGCUAGAUGUACAAAUGAAAAAAAGUUUAAAAUGUUAUAUACCAGAAAUUAUUUAAAAAAAAGUACCAUGCAGAAAAAAUCCA